UAAAUAGAGUGCUCCAUUGUUGUUCAUAGUAUCAGUUUAGAAAGUGAGAAAAGUGUGUGAAGAGUGAAAAUACACUUAGAGUAGAAGUGUAUUGGUGAGGAUUGGUUUUUUGUAAUAGUUGAGUGUGAGAGUUUGCUCCUCCUAUUGUAAUUCUGUUCUUGAUAUUGAAUAGAAGAAUUUUCCAAUCCCAACAAGUGGUAUCAGAGCGAGGUUGAGUUUUCAUACACUGUUUUCUCAUUUUCAGAUAAAUUUCUACAGGUUAGAAAAUCGUGAUUUUUCAAGUUGCUUGGAAUCACGAUCCGAUCGUACCGUUAGAUUCGUCUCGUCGAGACGAGAAAUCUGGUAUUUUUGAGGAAUUUUUUGGCCACCGGAAGAGGCCGUACGCGCCGCCCAAACGCGCCGGAGAACUGCCUGCGUCAUCAUUGCGUCAUCACGCAGUCCAGAGGAAGAAGACGAGCCAUGUCAGCACCACGUCAGCGCCACGUCAGCCGCCACGUCAGCGCCACGUCAGUCAACGUAAGCGCCACGUCACCCGCCACGCCAGCCGUGCAAGUCAUCAUCUGGGCGCCACGUCAGCGCCACAUCAGUGACAUGUGGCGCCACGUCAGCGCCAGCUGUUGCCACGUCAUCCGCAUGCUGGUCUGCUCACUGGGCUGCUGCCUGAACCGGACCGAACCGGUUCGUACUUGUGGAGGCCGGUUCACCCAUUUUCAGACCGGUUUUGGACGAGGUCAGACCGGUUCCUACCAUUUUCGGGCAUUCCGGAUCCAACGGUUAGCUCCGUUUGUCCAAAUUCGGCUCCGAAAAUAAGGUACGAGAUAUUUUGAGCGUUUUAUUAUGGAUAAAUCAUCAUCGGACACCAUGAUUGCGCUCACUUCCACAAAUUACAAUAUGUGGAAGCCUCGGAUGGAGGAUUUGCUAAAUUUGAGGGAUUUAGCCGAUCCUCUUGAUAAUAAUGGCGUGAAACCGGAUAAAAAGACGGAUGAAGAAUGGACAAAAAUGAAUAGAAAAACUGUCGCAAAAUUCGGCAGUGGAUCGAUCAUAGUGUGUUCCCCCAUGUUGCGCAAGAACAAAGUGCUUACACACUAUGGGAGAAUCUUGGUAGCAUGUAUCAAGCAAAAACCGCCCGAAAUAAGACAUUACUAAUGAGGAGAUUAGUAAACCACAAGUUACGAGGAGGUAUUUCGGUGUCAGAACACACCAGUCAAUUCCAGGAUCUUGUGAAUCAGUUGAGCACCACCGGAUGGGUUCUCAAAGAUGAAGAGCAGGCGAUACUACUCUUGAGCUCUCUACCUGACAGCUGGGAGACUCUUGUUGUCACUCUCAGCAAUUCUGCUCCCAAUGGCAAAGUGACUAUGCAGAUGGUCACAGAUGCCCUUAUGAACGAAGAAGCCCGAAGAAAAGAAGCCGGGACUGAACAAUCAUAUGCCUUCGUGUCAGAAACCAACAGACGAGGGGGAGGCAGAAAUGGAGGAAGAAGUCGAGGUCGAGGUAGAGGCCAAGGUCAAAACAGAGGAAAUUCUCAAGUUCGCGGCCGAUCACAAGAACGAGGUAUGUCCUGUGAAAACAAUACUUGGUUUGAAGGAUAUUGCAACUAUUGUGGUAAUUAUGGGCAUAGAAAAAGAGAUUGUAGAAAGUUUCUACAAGAGCAGCCACAGACGAGUCAAAAUACUAGCCAAGAAGAUGGUGUGACUAUGGUUAGUUUGUCAUCAGAUGCGUGUCUUGUUACACAUGGUGAACAAGAAUAUUUACACGUAGGUACUCAUGAUGUUGAGUGGGUGAUUGAUACAGCCGCAUCAUUUCACGCCACUCCACACCAGCACUUAUUCACAUCUUAUAAGUCAGGAGACUUUGGAGCUGUGAAGAUGGGAAACACGAGUUUCUCGAAGAUUGUUAGCAUUGGUGAUGUGCACAUAACAACCAAUGUCGGAUGCGCACUUGUGUUGAAAGAUGUUCGACAUGUUCCGGAUCUUAGAUUGAAUCUUAUCUCCGGUACAGCUCUAGAUCAGCAAGGAUAUCUUAACCGAUUCAAAGAAGGUACGUGGAAGUUAUCUAAAGGUUCCUUGGUUGUUGCAAGAGGCCAUAUUUGUGGUACUCUUUAUAAAACUCAUGCAAAGUUGUGUCAUCCAAGUCUUAAUGCUGUUGAAGAAGAGAUAUCACCAAACUUGUGGCACUGGAGGUUAGUCCACUUAAGCGUGAAGGGAUUGACAACUCUUGUUAGGAAGGAAAGAAUUUCCAUGGGCAAAGGUGUUGCCUUAGAUCCAUGCGAGCAUUGUCUAUUCGGGAAACAACACAGGGUUUCCUUCAGUUCUACCAGGAGGAACCAUUCAGAGUUACUCAGUCUUGUACACUCUGAUGUAUGUGGACCCAUUGAAGAGGAGUCACUUGGAGGAAGCAGAUAUUUCGUGACAUUCAUUGAUGAUGCAUCACGAAAGGUAUGGGCUUAUUGUUUGAAGAGUAAGGAUCAAGUGUUUGAUCGCUUCAGAUUAUUUCAUGCCAUGGUAGAAACAGAAACAGGGAAGAAGCUGAAGUGUCUACGUUCAGACAAUGGAGGAGAGUACACUUCCCGAGAGUUCUCAGCAUAUUGCGCCGCAUAUGGAAUCAGACAUGAGAAGACGGUUCCACGAACUCCGCAACACAAUGGUGUAGCCGAAAGAAUGAAUCGGACCAUUAUGGAGAAAGUUCGUUGCAUGCUGAGUAUGGCUAAACUACCUAAGCCAUUAUGGGGUGAAGCUGUGCUGACAGCUUGUUAUCUUAUAAACAGGUCACCUUCUGUUCCUUUAAACUUUGAAGUGCGAGAGAAGAAAUGGUCAAGAAGAGAUGUUUCUUACUCUCACUUGAAAGUGUUCGGGUGCAAGGCAUUUGCACAUGUGUCCAAGGAGUUGAGACAGAAGCUUGAUCUCAAGUCAAACCCAUGCAUCUUCAUCGGCUAUGGUGAUGAAGAAUUCGGAUACCGGUUGUGGGAUCCCGAAGUGAAGAAAGUUGUACGAAGCAGAGAUGUUGUAUUUCAUGAAAACGAGUUUCAUGGGUGUGUUCCAAUAAUCCGCCAACAACAUACUCCAUAAGACGAAGUGCCUGUAUCAUCAAACAUUCCUCUCAGUGACGAGGAGAUGCAUGAUACUACUGAACAUGAGAGUGAUGGUUCAGUAGGUGAUGAUGAUACUCACAGUGAUGAUAUUCCUCAGCAGGGGGAGCCUUCAUCUGAAGACGAAGCUGAAGGUACUCAUGUUCGACGUUCUAUGCGAGGCAUAGUUCCACAGAGAAAGUAUUCCACAUCCGAAUGGAUACUUAUUGCCGGCGAGGGGGAGCCAACGAGCAUCGCAGGAACGAGAGAAAUAAAGAAAAAGGUGGAGGGGGAGAUUUGUAGGUAUCUUCCACCUUCUUUCUUGGAAGUUGCCAAGAGACACCUUAACAUGGAGGCACCUUCUUGGAAAGAGCUCUCCAACAAAUAAAGAUGGGAGAAGAUAUGGAGAUACCUUGGAAGCUUGGAUGCAACUUCCUCUUGUCUCCAAACUAGUCCUAUAAAUAGAGUGCUCCAUUGUUGUUCAUAGUAUCAGUUUAGAAAGUGAGAAAAGUGUGUGAAGAGUGAAAAUACACUUAGAGUAGAAGUGUAUUGGUGAGGAUUGGUUUUUUGUAAUAGUUGAGUGUGAGAGUUUGCUCCUCCUAUUGUAAUUCUGUUCUUGAUAUUGAAUAGAAGAAUUUUCCAAUCCCAACACCACCAUCCAUCCAUAACAAUAGAAAACAAAACGCUAGUUCCAUAUAAUCAAUUAUUACGUAUUACUCCGUUGAAUACUCCACCAUCCAUCCAUAAGUCCAUAACAAUUGCAUCCAUAACAAUUGAUCAAAAUCUACGAUCAUAAGCAGAAGGGUAGACCCGGGAGAAGCUUGUCUGCUGCCAUCGUCCAGUCGUGCCGCCGCCGUCCAGCCGCCAUCGUCCAGUCAUGCCACCUCCGUCCAGCCUCAUGAUUGCCCGCCCCAUCGUCCUGCCGUGCACUUGCUCACUGUCACCGCCCGAUCGCACGCGUGUCCCGCUACCGUCCCUAGACAUGUGCGCCACCGUACCACUGUCCCAAUCUAUGGGUGCCGCCGCCAUCCCUAGACAUGGGAGCCACCGUCCCAAUCCAUCCGUGCCGCCUAACCAUCUCCUCAAUUCUCAUUCGUCAUCUUCUUCUUCUUUUCUAUUUUUGAAAUUAUGUUUUGUUGAAAUUAGGUUUGUGGGCAUUAAACAUGGGCAAUAAAUAUAGGCAGUGAGGAUAGAUCUAGUUGAAUAUGAGAAGUGAAUAUGACAAUAUGUAAUUUUGUACAUGGCAAUGAAGGAAUGCAUUGAUAGUGUGUUGUGCACUGAAUUGGAUGCAAUAGAUGGUGUCAUAACAUUGGCGGAAAGUGCAUUGAUUAAUUAUGACAAGUAAUGCAGUAAUGUAGAGCAGUAUCACCCGCAUGAAAUGCAAUAGAAUUAAUUAGACGUAAAAUACUUAAAUUAUUAAAUCUAAAAAAAUUUUAAAAAAUAACUAUAAAUAAAUUCCUAAAGUGAAUGAGAAGAGAACUAAUGUUGGUGGAAGUGCAGUGAUAUGUUAUCGAAAGUGUAGUAAUGUCAUGCAGUAACGGCAGUAUAAAGUAUUUUUAAUUGUAUAAAAAUAAUUUAAAUAAAAGUAUUUUAGUCAUAACUAGUCAUGUUUUAGUGUUUGCAUUAGAAAUAUGCAUUUUAUAAUUUUACUUCUGCCGUUAAGUAACUCCUC